AUGUCAUUCUACAUGACAUACGCGGGCAGGCUGUCCUACGCUGUAGGCGCCUUUGUCGCCGGAGUGGCAGCCAACCGGCACGGCAGGAAGUACAUUUUUGUCGCUGGAGGCGUGGUUUACAUAAUAGGGGCAUUGGUCGCGGCCUUCACGACCAACUUUGUUGCGUCGUCGUUGGGACGUGUGGCUGGUGGUUUCGGCAUUGGGAUGGGUCUCCUUGUGGGACCCAUCUACAUCGCCGAGACGGCACCCUCGACUACUCGUGGUUACCACGGUACCUUUCCUCAGGUACUGAUGGCAGUGGGGACGAUAACGGCCUACCUUCUGGAAUUGGCACUCGUUCGGGUUCCACGACACGUAGCAUGGAGGGUGAUGGCGGGGGCUCUCACGCUACCCACCGGGUUCUUCACCUACUUUGUCUUCUCGCGUUGGUUCUCUGACACGCCGUGCUGGCUAAUGAUGAUCGGUCAGGUUAGGCUCGCCGAGGAAUUGAUGGAGCGGUGUGGGGCCACAGGCGCGGAGCCUUGGGAUAGGAGGGAGCAGCUGGAGCACGUUGCUGGGUUCCCCUAUCGCUCCAUAGUCGAUCCACGUCGGGUGGAUCUGUUCCCGGGUCGGAUCACCGGGUUCUGGGCCCAGGUGGAGGACCAGUUUGGUUCCCAGGUUCGAGACCUGUGUAGCACCACGGUCUUGCUCGUCGCCCAAGAGGUGACGUGCGAGCAGAUGGCUCUCCACCUCGUACCCAUCAUCCUCGUACGGAACGGGUUUGGAUCGCUGCCGUCCUUCUCGGUUGUACUGAUGGUGCUUGCCUGUGCCAAGCUGAUCGCGACGACGGCCUCGUUGCACGGAGUGGGGAGGUCGAUGGCAGGGCGGAGGCGGCUGCUGCUUGCGGGGAUGGGGCUAGCCGGAUGCUCCUUGGGGUUGCUCGCCGGGACGAGUUUUGCCGAUGCGCAUGAGCGCAUUGGUCGCGGAGCAGCGUUUGUGCUGUUGAGCUUCGAGAUCUUUGCACUGCAGGCGGCGAUUGGGAUCGCAGUGGGGCCCAUACCCUGGAUGUACGGUCCAGAGUUGUUCCCGCUUGCCGUGCGAGCGCCCAGUGUUGGCCUUUGCCUCACGCUCAAGUUUUUGUCUACUCUACUGUUUAACUGGGCUCUCGGUGGUUUUGUACUGUACUCCACUUUUGAUAGAGUCUGGUUAGGCUUUUUGAUAGCUUUUGGGCUCACCGUAGUUAGUUUCUUGGUUUCUUUUAGAUUGGCUAGAGACACUACUUGUCGAGUGUUGGUAGAUGAUCCGUAGACUGUAGUUGUUCUUUUUUUCCUUCUCUUUUUUUUUUAUUAUCAAUUUAGGUGUAAGAUAUUCAUUCAUUCCUUUUGGAGUAUCUACACAUAAUAUAACUAGUUUUUUACCCGCCCGUUGGGCGGUGUAUUUUGUUUGGUUA